AUGGAUACCACUACCUCCGGGUCUCGAGGCGGGCGCCCGCUUUCGCCCGACUCGCCUUCACGAGCAGGCCCUCGCGAAUUCGGGUCGCCAGACGGGGCUGACGCUGCCGACGCCGCUGCCGCUGCCGCCGAAGCCAAGCGGCGCAAGAUUAGGAAAGGGACUCGCAGUUGCUGGGAGUGCAAACGGCGCAAGAUACGAUGCACCUUUGCUUCCCCAACCGACCCCGUGUGCAUUGGCUGCCACCGCCGAGGGGCGCAUUGUGUCAGCCAGGAGUUCCCCGAGGAGGCAUCUUCCCUAACCGACCGGGGCCGGCACAUGGGCGACCGCAUUGUGCGCGUCGAGGCCUUGAUUGAGAAGCUGGUGAAGCAAGUCAGCACUGAUGGCGGCGCUGGCCCGACACCGCCUGAUUCUACCUCAGCACCAGACAGCACCAGUACCAGUACCACCAGAGGGGUAGCGUUCAGCGGCGAUGACCACACUACCUGCUUUAACCCUAACCCCGACCUGCCCACCCCAGAUGGGUCAAUGGACCUGGACCCUCAAGUUGCUUCAGAUUCUUCAAAGAAUGAAAGAAUCUCGGCGGCUCUGUACGCGGCACUGCCGUGUCGUGGCGAUCUCCAGCUGCUCAAGCGCUACGAAACCGAAGCUCUUAUUUUCUUCAACCUCCUGGGCUUAAGACCAUACAGCGAAAUCGAUCGGGAUGGACUAGACUCGCCUUCCCACCUUUUUUCCCUGCCCGACCCCAGGUCACAUCCGGUGGUUCUGGGAAAGCACUUGUUGCUUCUCGCAAAAUUCCUUCAGUAUUUCCGUCCGUUUGGCCUGUCCGAGAACCAUGUUGCCUUGAGGGAAAGACUGUUAGAUACGGUCAAGCGGCUAGUCACUUCCGACGACGAACUUGUCAGUACCUUUGAGGGCCUGGAAUGCGUCUAUUUGGAAGGCCUCUUCCACUGCAACAAUGGCAACUUGCGACAUGCGUUGACGGUCAUGCGAAGGGCCAUGGUCAUUGCGCAACUGAUGGGGCUACAUCGAACCCAUAAUCCACAGCCGUUAAAGAAGCUCAAUCCGACAACGACGAUUGAUCCAUCGUUUUUAUGGUACCGAAUUGUCUAUGCGGAUCGCUUCCUCUGCAUGAUGCUUGGUCUUCCCCAAGGCACCCUCAGCACCACCAUGGCCUCGCCGGCUGCACUGGCCAGCGAAAGCGAUACUGGUCGGCUCGAACGCACCCACACCGUCAUCAUGUCCCGCAUUCUGGAGCGCAACGAAUCAGACCCUUGCGCAACCGACUACUCCUUGACGCAAGAAAUCGACUUAGAGUUGCAGAAGGCUUCCAAGUUGCUCCCCAGUAGGUGGUGGCUCAUGCCGACGCUGGAUUCUACCACAGUUGAUAAGCAAACCUUCCUGAACACAAUGAGACUGUUGAAUCAGCUGUUCCAUUACAAUCUCCUCAACCAGCUGCAUCUGCCGUAUAUGCUGCGGUCCGACGACCCUUCAAACCAGAGUGAAGGACGUGCAAGCACCAGUUAUAAUUUUAGCAAAAUGACUUGCGUAAAUGCGUCUAGGGAGGUCCUUCGCCGUUUUGUUGAGUUCCGAUCCUUCAACCGCAUAGCAUUUUGCUGUCGAGCGAUCGACUUUUUCGCCCUCGUAGGGGCCAUGACGCUGUUGCUGGCUCAUCUAUAUGGCCAUCGCCAACGUGUCGGCGAGAAUAUUCUAGCACACCAGCGGCUCAGUGACCGCGCCAUCAUGGAGGAGGUGCUGGAAAGAAUGGACGGCAUCAACGAAAACAACGGAGACAGCUUAAGCCAAAAGAGCGCCGAUAUACUUCGCCACCUCCUCGCUUUGGAGAACGAGGCUGCCGAGGGUCGGAGCGUCUGCCCUGGGCACCUGCCCUGUCCUCAAGAGGACAGGGAAUGUGACGAGGACGAGGACGACCAUGUUCUACGCAUGAUCAUUCCGUAUUUUGGAAUUAUCAAGAUCGCCAAGGAAGGCGUCAUUUCGAAGGAGUCGCCCAGAAAGACGCAGCCAAGCGCACAAGCUAUGCCGCAGUCACUCAGAGCUCAUUCAAACUCCGCCGCUCCUAACUCAAUGGGUGUUCCUGGGCUCGGUGAUGGUUGCCUGCCUCCUAUCAGCUGUGACAAGCCAGCGGCGGGAAUCAACUUGGAGUCGCCGGCCCAGCCAGACUCUCAGUUGCAGGCGCAGGCGCCGCUUGUCAACGAGUUCCAGUUUGCACCCCAAUUCCCAACUGGAAUCAACGACGCCCUUCAAGAGCAAUACCAGUACCCGGGACUGACGGCUCCCGUGAAUGACUGGGCACUUCAAGGUGUCGACAUGGCAUUCUUUGACAGUUUGAUGAGAGGCAAUACACCCGCGAGCAGCAACCCAAGUGUGCCAUACGGCGGGCAGAGCGCACAGGAAGGUCAAUGGGAAGACUGGCAACCCCUGGCAAAACAUAAUCCAGGGGCUAGCGGUCUGUAUUAA